UUUUGUGGGGAGGGCGCCGUGCUUGGGUUUUGUUUGCGGGGGGAAUCGCUGAGCUCGGCUCCUGCGUGCUCCUGGAACGCCUCAUCAGCAGGAAUUGAUCCCGAUAAAGGCAUCGAUCACAGCAGAGCAGAAAGGAGAGGCUGAAAUCCCCCCCAGACGUGUCGGGACCCCCCCAAAAUCCGCUCACACCAAAACCCUGAGCCCACCAAACCCAAGGAGCCGCAAUCCGGGGGCCGUGCGCUCGCUUUCCCCGGACGAAUUCCUGAGGAUUCUCCACAAAAGGAUGCGAGCUGCCGCUUUCUUUUGAACUAGCGGCUGUCUGCAGCAAGAGGAGGCGACGGCGCAGGGGGUGGGGAGGACGAGGUUUUGUCACGGAACCGGGGGCACGGCGUGGCGUCACGGCCAGCCCGGGCUGCGGAGCCAGCGGAGCCACCGCGAUGUCCCUGUCCGAGCAGCAGCACGACUACAGCCCGCUGGGCAAGGGCAAGAGCCCCGAGAGCUUCCCCACAGCCUUCCAUCGCAUGGAGUCCACCAAAGACUUGGGGAAAAGCGAAUUCGAGUGGCAGAGGACGGAGGGGAAGCUGAAUGAGAUCGGCUUGAGCGUGAACACGGGGGGAACGAUUAAGGAUGGGCUGGUUAAGAACGUCGGUUUCACGGAUGAGGACAAGCUGUGCUUCUUCGAGGGAAAAUUAGACAAAGAGCUAAAAAUAGCUCAGAAAGACAAAAGAGAAAUUGAGGUGCCGGGGAAGAAAUACCAGGCGGCUGCAGGUCACCUUGAGAGCUGGUCCUUGAUUUCGGAGACGUUUCCUUCUGCAGAAGGGAGCUUCGGGAACCCCAAAGCCACCGAUUUCCGCGUGGGACAGGCGGGAGCCGAGAAAACCGGUCCGGGGCUGGGUAAAAAUGAAGCCAUCACCGACCAAGAGAAAGCCGUGGGCAAGGCUGGGAUGGAGAGCAAAUGCCAGCCGGAGCCGAAGCUGCCCCAUCUAUCCGUGCCGGAGAGCGAUGCCAGCAAAUACAUGAAGGAGCAGGAGAUCAGUGUCUGGAACCCCAAUUUCCACCCUGUCCUGCCCAACGACUCGGGGUCCAAGGAGUCGGCCGUGAAGAAAGAUGGAGCCCCCGGUUAUCGCGUCCUCGGGGUGGUCAAUGACAGCUACGGGCAGAGCGGGCUCUCUGCCCCCAGCACCGCGGCCAAGGCGGCUCCUCCGACCACCACGGUGGAGCUGGCCCAGGACGAGUCCAAAAGCAGCGACCUGAGCGAGAGCCCCGAGCUGGAGGAGGAGAUGGAGGAGCAGCUGGGCUCUGAGGGCAGUUUGCUGGCCAGGGCUGCCCACCAGAGGAAGGCGAUGAGGCGUGCGAUGUCAGAGUGCUCUCACUUGUCGGUGCCCCUAACCCUUAACCUGGCCGAUAAAUACCCUGAGCCGGUGCUUAGAGAAGACGUCGCCACUGGGCUGCUCUCUCCUAAUAGCAGCCUGACCCAGAGCCGCAGCCCCACGGCCGCCAAGCCCGGCGCCCCGAUGAAGAGGUCGCUGACGGAGGAAGCGGCGGCCGCUGCCGGCCCCGCAGCCCCGGGCAGCCCCGGCCCCGCGGCGCAGCCCCCGGCCCCGCCGCCCGAGGAACCGGCAGCCAAGAAACGCGAGGAGUGCAACGGCAGCAACUCGCUGAAAAAAGAGCUGGGCAGCCCCAACGUGUUCCACAGCAAGCUGGAGCAGAUCCCCGAGCUCGGCAGCCAGGACAAAGAGCGGCAGGACAAGAGGGACAAGAGGGACGGCGGCGAUGGAGCGCCGGGGCUCGAUGCUCCCAAAGGCAAAGGUGCCGAGCUGGAGCCCGGCAAAGCGGCUCCUCUGGAAAGAAAAGAAAUGGAGGUCGGCAGUGUGCAGAGCUCUCCGGCUCCAAAGGAAGGAGAUUUAGCACGUGAUGCCAAAGCAGAGGAGCCCAAAGCAGCCGAGGCCGUGAGUGGGAACGACAUCACAGCUCCUCCCAACAAGGAGCUCCCUCCCAGCCCCGAGAAGAAGACCAAGCCUGCUGCACCCAGCUCCGCUCCAAAGCCGGCAGCAGCGAAGGCCAAGCCCUCGGCCACCACCAGCCCCAAGCGGCCGAGCUCGGCCACCCCGGGCACAAACAAAAAGCCCACGAGCCCAACUGCAGGUCCUACUCCAGGCAGCGCUGCCAAACGCCCCGGCACCAGCAGCACCCGUCCCUCCACCCUAACUCCAAAAGAGACUAAACCAAAGGUCGCGGAUGCGAAGCCCGCAGAGAAGAGAACUUCCCUCUCCAAGCCUCCAUCCUCCACCACUCCUAAAACUCCUUCCAGGAGCUCCUCUGCUGCUCCCCGGACCACGGCACCGUCGCCGGUGACGGCAGCGGCCGCUGCCAAAACCACGGCGGCGACUCCUCCCAAGAGGCCGACGUCGAUCAAGACGGACGCGAAGCCGGCAGAUGCCAAGAAAACUCCAGCGAAGUCUCCCUCAGCAGAUUCCAGCCGCCCCAAGAGCGCUCCUGGCAGCGCCAGUGCCACCAAGAGCAGCGCCACCACUCCUUCCACCGCGGCCUCCAGCACCGGCGGGCGCCCCAAGCCCAAAACCGCCGCCCCCAAAGCCGCCGCGGCCUCCACGGUGUCGGCGGACGCCAAGAAAACCACGGCCAAGGCCUCGGGCAAGGUCAGCGCCCCCAGAGCGGCCCGGCCGGCCAGCAGCGCCUCCGCCCCCGACCUGAAGAACGUCCGCUCCAAGAUCGGCUCCACGGACAACAUCAAACACCAGCCCGGGGGAGGGAAGGGGAAAAUAGAGAAAAGGCCAGAGCCAGCCGCCGCCGCGCCCAGGUCUGAGCCCAGCACGGGCACUAAAGUGGCUCCUAAAGCAGCCUCAGCAAAAGAGGGGGUCCCCAAACAGCCCAAUGGGAAAGUCCAGAUAGUCUCCAAAAAAGCGAACUACAGCCAUGUUCAGUCCAAGUGUGGUUCCAAGGACAAUAUUAAGCAUGUCCCUGGAGGUGGGAAUGUGCAGAUCCAGAACAAGAAAGUCGACCUUUCCAAAGUGUCCUCCAAGUGUGGAUCUAAAGCAAAUAUCAAGCAUAAGCCAGGGGGAGGAGACGUCAAAAUCGAGAACCAGAAGCUGAACUUCAAGGAGAAGGCCCAGGCCAAAGUGGGGUCUCUGGACAACGUGGGACACUCGCCGGCUGGAGGAGCCAUCAAGGUGGAGGGCGGCUCGGAGCCGAACGGAGCGGGGCCGGGCCCGGGUGUGCUGCCCCAGAACGGAGUGGGGCCGGGCCCCAGCGACCAAAGGGAACCUCAGAGCCUCGACAGCCGCAUCCAAGAAACAAAUUGAGUCUCACCAGCUGAUCCGUGCGAAGGCCGAGGCUCGAACGGACCACGGAGCUGAAAUCGUCUCCAAACCCCCCACCCCUUCCAGCAGCACCUGCCCCCGGCGUAGCACCAGCUCCAGCCUGGGCUCCGUGGCCUCCCCGGCACCGCCAGCAAGGCUUGUGACCCCCGCGCCCCCGGGGACCCAGCUUGGCUCUCUUAACCCGGCUCUGCCUUUAGGUGGGAAGGGGACGAUGUGGGGUGUUCGGGCCGGGGGUCCCGGGGGCUCCCCUCCCUCUCUCGGUGCCCCCGGGCAGGGCAGAGCCCCGCGGGUGAGGCUGAGGCCGGGCCGAGUUAACAGGGAUAAGCUGCGAUCUUUCUUUCUGGCUCUUUUUUUAACCCCUUCCCUCCUCGCCGCUUCAGUUUCUGCCGCCUGUGGGAUGCUGAUGAAUCCCCUCCACACUCGUUAGGCUGUUUUAACUGUUGACUUGAACCUUUUAUUCUUUGUGACGAAGUGUUGAUGAUGAUUUAUCGUGUUCGAACCCGUGCUAAGUUUCCUUUUCUCUUUCCUUCUUUUCCGACCCGUAGGAGAGUAGGGACAUUUAACCGCUGCUGCCGUGCCGGCUUCUGACUGACAUAUCCAGCCCUUGUCACUUCUUUGUUGUUGUUUGGGGUUUUGUUUCUGCUUUUUUUUUUAACGUUUUAAAACGAUGGAGCGAGUUCAUGGGAUUAAGCCAUGUCUGGAACGAAAGGCACAGGAAUGUGUAAAGGGCAAACUUGCUGUGAGAGCUCAGGUGGAGCCUGUGUUGACCUCGAGAUGUGGUAAUUGAUGCUCGAGAUGAGUUAAUUGAUGCUCGAGAUGAGUUAAUUGAUGCUCGAGAUGUGCUAAUUGAUGCUCGGGAGCCCGGGGUGCCUUCUGCAAAGGUGGUUUAUUUAUUAACGGCAGGGCCGGGCUCUGGCAUCUCUCCGGUUUUUCAGGGUUUUUCCAGGGCCUGGAAAGGGAGCAGGAGGCUCGGGCCGGGAGUUCCGAGGCUGCAGCAGGUCCGUGGGGUGUGUGGGGUGUGUGGGGUGUGCGCUGCUGGGGUGACAGCCGGGAUGAGCAGGGCAGGAGGCAGCGGGAGCUCAUCCCAGAGGGACCCCGGAGCCCUCGGAGGGGCAGCAGGGCAGGCUCGGUGCCAGGGAGGUGCAGCUCUGAUGAGGAAGGAGAUUUAACCUCUCUUGGAGCUCCUCGUUUCAAAUGACACUAAAGAAAACGAAGUGUAAAUAAAUUAAAGGAAAACAAAACAAAAAGUGUUCUUGGGUGGUCAAAGUAAUCUAAAGCAAAAUAAAAAAAGCAAACAGAAUAACAAAACACUGGGAUCAAAGAGAACUGAACCAGGCGUGUGCUAAGGGGGGCUGCUCCAGGAGGGGACAGAGGGAAGCCUGCAGCUUCUCGUGCUUGUGGGAGUAUUUCUUUGGGAAGCCGACAAUGACACGAUAACCCGGAAUCUGUAUUUACACACAAAGAUUCUUAUUGCACUUGUAUUUUUUAUAUUAAAGUUUGCAUGGUUUCUAAUAAAAUGGCAUUAAAAUGUACUAGUUUGAAUCAAA